AUGGCGGGCAAGGGAGGUAAGGAUCUGCUGGCGGCGAAGACGACGGCGGCGAAGAGCACCGACAAGGAUAAGGACAAGAUGAAGGCUCCCGUCUCCCGCUCCUCCCGCGCCGGCCUCCAGUUCCCGGUAUGCCGCAUCCACCGCCAGCUCAAGUCCCGCGCCUCCGCCCACGGCCGCGUCGGCGCCACCGCCGUCGUGUACUCCGCCGCAAUCCUGGAGUACCUGACCGCGGAGGUCCUGGAGCUGGCCGGCAACGCCAUCAAGGAUCUCAAGGUCAAGCGCAUCACCCCGCGCCACCUCCAGUUUAUUUGUACUAACCUUGAUUGGUGCUAUGUCCUCUAA